AUGGCGCCUACUGAUGCAGGCCACGGCGACGACAUAAUCAAGCGCUUCCUCCGACGCAUAGCCAAGGCAUUCCAGCGCUUCUGGCAGCAAUUGGAGCAGCGUAUGGCACUGCAAGCACCGAAGCCUACGCGGGAGGUGAGAGAAGCCGAGAUGAAAGGGCCGGGCGAGUCCCGCUCGGGCAGACCCCAGCCUGGAGCACACGCCACCCAGGCUCCCUGCCUACCUGGGCCGAAGGCCAAGAGGGGUAAACCCCCACAGCAUCGCCCACGAUGCCGGAGAACCGCCCGCCGCUGCCGGCUUCGCAAUAUCAGGGUCCUCCGUAGCACCCAUAAAGGGGAAGACCCGGCUGCACUGCAUGCCCGAGUCUGUGGAAUACAGAUGCAGACCUUCCAUGAGGCCUGGGGCUGGAGCGGGAGCCGACGCGGCCCACGAAACACCUACAUGUUCAUCACGCAAGACCACAGAGUGGAUUACCUCAUACAGCACACCAGUGGCAUAGGGAUGGGCGUAGAAAUGAAGCUUUGUCUCCUGUUGAUGGUUUUCCUUCUGCCGGAGUUUGCAGCUGCCCAGAGUUCUCCUGUUGCAGACUUACCUAUGCAGCUGCUUAAUGGACUGAAUGGAAUCAUUUCUGGAAAAUAUUUGCUCGGCCUACUUGACAUACUGCAAUUUCACAGCUCCGGUGCUAAUGUGUGGACACCAGGUUUAAUCAGAAAAAUUGGGAUAUAUUUAUCUACGCAAAAUAUUUUUUCUAUUGAUACUUUAAAGAUGUCCGUGAAUAACUACCUUGAUCAUAUCUCUGAAGAUCCCAAGUUUCUCAUGACAGAAUUACGAAAGCUUGACUCACAGCAGUUCCAGUUGACGAUGAAAUACCUCUUUGGUGGAAAGAAGGAGCACUUUGAUAUGGUAGAUUUUGAUCUGGAUUUUGAGGCAUUACGAGAAAGGAUUUUACAGUGUCCAGGAGCAAAAAGGAUAAUAUUUCUUAUCACUCUUGAGAAAUGUCUUCCAGUUCUGAACUCCGCAGAAUGCGUAGAUAUACUAAGCCAGGUCAUUCGUAUGUAUGGAGAACAUUACCUCCAAAGAGAUGUGAUAGCGAAUCUUCCAUCUGAAUUACCGGAUGAACCCUUCAAGAAUCUGUCAUCUGUUUUCAAGGAACUGUACGAUAAGAUAACAGCCAAUGACAGGAGAGCUCUGUAUGAAUGGAUGACUGAAAUUCUCCAAAAAAAUUACAUGAAUAAUGAUUUCAAUGGAUCCACAUCAUGGGUUACAGCUGAGAACCUCUGGAUUUUGGGCAGGUAUAUGGUUCAUCUUCCAGUUGACGAAAUCAGGAAAAUAAAUGUAAAUGAAAUACGAAUGUUUAUCAGCUACGAUAAUGCCACAAAACAGCUAGAUACUGUGUACGAUAUAACACCAGACCUGGCAAAAGCUUUUUUGGAACUUAUAAACUCCUCAGGAUUCGAUAUGAGGAACAUUUCCACCAUAUACAGGCUUGGAUUGUUGGUUUGCUUCUACGAUGAUGUACUAGAUCUCGAUCCAACAGUGGCCAGAGCAUUGCUGCACCAAAUGAUCAAGUGUAACCAGCUGAGGAGCUAUCAUGCUGAUGUACAAAAGAUGAAGUCUCAGUUUCUCCAGAUUGCUAUGUUAAACCAGACUUUGAACGAGAGUCUGGGAUCCCUAUCUGAUGCUGUCGUUAGUCUGACACUGUCGCAGCUGGAGGCUCUGUCACCAGAGGCUGUGCAGGGAGCAAUCCUGACUCUCCAGCAGGUCUCAGGCUGGACUAAAAGUCAGAUUAUGGUACUGACCGGGAAAUAUCUAAAUUCUGAAAAGGUGUUAACCUUUUCCAAUAUGAGUCACCUUGGAGAGCUGGUGUCAGGUAUAAGUGCUCAGUCAUUUUAUGACAUGAAUCCACGGGAGCUUUCGAUGGCUCUGAAAGUCGGACUUUCCCAACAUGCCUCUGGUCUUUCUCCGGCACAACAGGAAAGCAUCCUAAGCCGGGUGCUGUCAUCGGGAGAUUUGCAGACAGUUGUAUCAGACAUGAACGGAGCAUUCUUUAGAGAAGUCCCUCUGUCACAAUUAUUAGCACAACGGGACCUGAAUGUUGCAGUACUAAAGGAGAAAGAAAUGAGAACGAGUCAGGCCCUUCUCCUGUAUGAAUUAAUGUCUCAUAAGACAUCACUGGUUGACCUAUUAAGUACAGGGUAUCUGGUGAAAGGCGUUACAUGUGAACAGAUCGAUAGUAUGAGCAAACCCAGCUUUCUUAACCAUUACAAGCUCUUCGAAAAGAAUCUUCAUUUACUUUCGCCAUAUCAGAUACACUGUCUGGCUUGGAGAUAUUGGAAAAUUUCCCAGGCAACCAUUCCUCCUUUUCUGCUAGCUGUCCUACCUUCAGAAUAUUUUGUGUCCUAUCCUCCUGCAUGCGGAUCAUUGUUAAUUAGCCUGGGAAAAAUUGAUCUGGACUCACUGCUGUUAAAUAAACACAAGAAAGAAAUGAUAAUUAACAAAAUCAACCAGUGCUUGAAUGGUUCUAUAACUGAUGUCUACCAAUUAGACAUGCUUGGGAACCUCGUCUGUCAUUUGUCUCCAGGUAUCAUUCGUGAUGGCUUAUCUACAGAUGUGAUUGAAGCAACAAUACACCGGAUGAAGUCUUGUACAAGCCUAAGUCAAGAGCAAAAUGUAGAAAUUAAGCACAAAAUCCUGGAGCAUUAUGGAAACCCACUGAGCUGGACAUCAGAAACUGUUCAGGAUAUGACAGCAUUUUGGAACCUGCUAUCGGAAGAAGAAUUCAAUGGAAUAUUAAAAAAGUUCCUGAAUACAGUUGUGCAGAUGGUAUCGGAGGCGGCAGGAAUUUCUCUGAGUCAGGGGAUGCUAUCAGCUCUAUUCCACGCAGUACAGGCAUUUAAUGCCAACGCCUCAGUACCUAAUCAAACAGCAGAGUGUACUGGAAUCACUUCGCCUACUGACGAGAAUAUUGUAAUCUUGGCAGAAGCCAAUUUAUAUUGGUCUUCUAAAGAAUUAUACUGCAUGGGCAGAGAAACCUUCCACAGAAAUGUGCAUAUCCUGGGUUCUAUAAGCGGCUUCAACCACUCUCAGCUCUCAGCCCUGAAGAAUAAAGCCAAAGAAGUGUGGGGUAACAUGUCAGACUGGAGAAGUUAUCAUGUCACCUCUCUAGGACGUAUUGCGACCGCUCUCAGUGAACAAGAAAUAGACCAGCUGGAUUUAAGUUCCAUAGAUGCAGUCUCUGCACUGGGCAAGCAGGAAGAAUGGACAUUUGCCCAGAAAAGGUCCAUUCUACAAGGGUUUCUGAACAAUUCGAAUAAAUCCUUGAAGGAUUUAAAGAGCUUUGACCUAGCAGGACUGGGAGGCAUUUUGUGUGCAGCUAAAGAAGACGAAAUAAAUCAGAUCCAAACAUCUGAAUUUCGAGCUGUUAUCUCAAGGAUCGGAUCCCUGCCUUGCAGUCCAAACAUUCUGCAGGAAUUUAAAAAGAAAGCAGAGAUGGUUUAUGGAAAACCCGAGACGUGGACCUCCUAUAUUUUACAAGAUAUUGGCUACAUUGCAGCUGGUUUAAACAAAGAAGAAUUCAAAUUGCUUCAACCAGAGCUAAUGCCUUACAUUCAACCUGCUGUGAUUAAAUAUAUACUUGACGACACGUUUAAGGUAAUGCCGCCAGAACAAAUUGCCAGCCUUGGACCAGAGAAUAGUGUCAUGGUUACAGAUUCACAACGUGCCAAACUUGAUACCACACAACUGCAGAGCCUUGAUCAGGCACUAGAUGGCGUCAGAGCAACCAGCAAAGACAAAGAAUCUACCACAUCCCCCAGCUCUACCAUAGUAUUCACCUCCUCCCCUGUCUCAGACAGUGAUAUGCUGUCAUGUGGCAACCGGAUCGUUUAUCUGUUUUUUUGUCAUUUCAUUUUUAAUGAACUUUGGUGCAUCUUAGCAUAA